ACAGCCUUGUAAACGGAAUAUUACCUGGAAUCAGAAGCUUCCAGCAGAAUCGCUGAGAAGACAGUGGGUUAACUUGCGUAACGCAAGUGGAGUAUGGUGCCGCCGAGACGCUUCGUGGAGACGGAGGAGACGUUCCACUUCUUCAGCGAAGAUGCGGUGCUAGGCACCAACGAGAUCCGAAAUGGCGACGCGAGCAGCAGUAGCAGCGAUAGCGACAGUAGCGAGACAAGUCGCUUGCGCCGCGCCCGUCGCCGUCGUCGAGCAAGCAGCGUCACAUCCAGACGCACGUCCAGGAGACUCAGUCGCCUGCUUAAUGGCAGUGUCGUGUCAGAGCUCGAGGGUCUGCAGGACGAUAGCGAUGAGGAUGACUACGACUCGCUGGACGACUUCGAACUGGAGGAGGAGGACGAAGAGAUCCACCAGCCACGACAGAGGAACAAGUCGACGGAUAAGGCGGAACUAGAGCCACAAAACACUUUCCCAGUACCUGCCGUGACUGGCACCAAAGUAUCGGGCGUCGGAGCCGUCACGUUCGAGCAGAUCUUCGAACCAUUCCGGGACUUGUACGUCCUCCCGAGGUCUGGAAAUUGCACGCAGAAGAAAAAAUCUAUGAGUCAACAAAUGCAGCUUCGCAAAGCUAGACGAGCUAUCGCCGCAUUUACGCGCCGUGUGCACUGCGCCAACGCCUAUCGUUACCGCAAACAAAGUGAGUUUAUGCGGGUGUGUUAUCAACGUGCGCUGGAAACUGGACCAGGAUACGAAGUGGUGGAGACUUCUAAAGUGAGUGAUAAACGCAAUGAAGGGAAGAAGCAGGCGUUGCUUGUGGCAUCUCAGAAGGAAGACGCAGUGGAAACAACUGUACCAAGCUUGUUCCCGCGAAAAUGGCCGCACCUGCCCUACAGAAGUCCACUCGAAUGGAUCAACGACACGGAUGCUGCUAUUGAGUUCCUGUCUCGCCUAGCUGAACUACCAGAGACGAGUCUAAUCUAUGAACCGAUCGAUGCGAACAAGUUUGCAGCCGAAGUCACUGAAUUCCUAGAGUUGACACGGAAUGGCCAAAAUUCAGCUGCAGCAGACUCGGUGUUUGCUGGGUUGCUUGGGCUGUUUGCGAUGGGAGUGCAGUUGCAAUCGUUUACACUCCUAAGCAAAGCUGCGUUACAAUUCAUCAAGUUGGGGCAGGCGACGUACAUCGACGAUGCUGAUGGUGGAUCAACUCGUCCUGAAUUGCAGAGGCUUUUGAAGCUGUACUGCUCGCGUUUGGCUCAACACGUUGCAGAGCCAAUUCUUGCAGCGACGUUCCCUCGAGAUUUAUCGGCACAGUGGAAAGUUUGCUCAUACCAGCCUUCUACGAGUGAUGCAAUUGCGACCGAUGGCCUCUACCUGUACAUAUUUGGCCGAUCCGGGCUUUUGAAGAUUGGGACUGGGAACGGAACGACGGCGCGCGAUUUUGUAUACGCACACAACAAGGACUAUGUUCGCAGUCGCGACGCUGAACGCUCGUGGCUCUGCUGUAUUGGCGACGAGCUCUACUGCCGCACUAUUGUUAUGCCCGGCCAUCGCGUGGAUCGUAUCCGAACUAACGACCUGCAGAAUGUGCAGGAGCUUGUUUUGGCUCCAAAUCGUGCCUUGAUAGGCAAAGGCACGACUGAAAGCAGCGUGUAUGCUAUGGUUACUGACGGCGUUGACUUGUUUACGAUUCGCUGCAUCGAUACCUACAAGAAAUCUUCAAGUAAAACUAGCAGCAGUCGCAAACACAGAAGUCGUAGUCAUAAAUCGAGGAAGUCCACACCGGUGAGUGAAAUUGUAAAUGCUGUGCUCGGAAAAAGUGACAGUGGACCAAAUUCACCACUCCAGUCUCCCGAACCUGUCACCAUUAAUGUGGGGGAUCGCGUUGUUCGAGGACCUGAUUGGAAGUGGUCGAAUCAAGAUGGUGAAAAGGGUAGUCCUGGUACAGUGGAGCGUAUAAGCACCUGGGGAGGCGUGAAAGGCAGUGGUGUAACAGUCCGAUGGGACAAAAAUCAGCGUGUUAAUACGUAUCGCUGGGGCGCCGAAGGAUGCUACGACUUGUAUAUCGUGACGGAAAAGGACGGAUUUCUCGAGCGAAAACCUCUGCCGAAUGUCAAAAGUUCACGAAAAUCCAGGGACGGAGAGGGGGUCGUUGAGGGUAAUCGUGAGAACGAACCUGAUCCACUGCCUCGUCAUCAACUUGUGUUGUACCGGCACAAGGUAGACAGUAUCACCUCCAUCAUGAAGUUGGAGGAACCUGAUAUUGACCUCUUCUUGGACUUGACACCUUCGAGGGAAAAACAUAAGCACGGCACUAGUGGAUCAAGAGACGCCCAGGGCGGUGUGGAGACACUAUCUGCGCUUCACUCCCAUACGGUCACGUUGUGUACUUCAAAGACGUCUUGGAUGUGCGAUGGUGGCACGUCCAAUUGCUUCAGGGACAACGCUGCCAAGCGAUACCGCUGUACGUCGGGAUGUGAUUUCGAUUUGUGCGAGUCGUGUUUAUUCGCUACGGUGAGCGACAAACCAUCGAUUGAUAAGUCAACUUCUGAAGGAAAUGCUGUAGACGAUGACACUCCAUCUAUUGCGAACACUACCUCGGAUGAUACCGUUCCCGGUGCAGAUGAUGGCCCUGUGGCGAGUGAUGUGGAAACUACUGUCGAGUCCUUCGCAUCCGAGGGUGCUGAUCCUUUUGCCAACGUCGAUGUGUCGUUAUUCGCUGAAAGCGCUCGCGAAGCCUCAUUAAAGAAGAAGGACGAAGACAAGAAGAAGCUGAAGCAGCAGACGGAGGAUCAAAUGGUGAAUGAUCUUGCUGCGUUCUGGUGUGGACUUUACACCCGCAAGGAGUGUCAAGUAGCGCUCAGAAGGAACGGACUCCAGCUCAAUGAAGCAUCCACAUGGCUGCAUACGUGCGGCGCGUAUCUCCGAGAGCCAAUGGUCAUUCCCACAGUGUCCAGUGUCAUUCUUGCGGCAAAGCCCAAAUCGGGUGCUCUGGAUCCCGUACUGCUUAUCGCUGGUACAUUCUUCGCAACCCACGGACAGCUAUGCGUGGUUUCGCCGCCAGGACUGUACACUGUCGGUGAGGAACAGAGCGACAAAGUGAAGCGUGCUGCCAGCUCAAAUGAUGCGUCCUGGUUUUUUUCGUUGGAAAAUGGCUCAUUACUUGCAGAGAAGCCUGUGCUUCUUAAGGGAGUACCUGCUGGUUCGCCAACUUGCGUUGACAUGACACGUAAGCGGAUUCUUGUGUUCUCGGGCUAUCUGAAUUGUCUGGAGGAAUACGUGGAUCAUGUGCAACAAAGCCGAGAUUUUGUGGAACAAAUUACGACAGAGUGCACAACGCUAGCGGAUACUGGAAUGCUAAUUAUCUCCCAACUUGCUCAGCUCAUGCGGAAGCGAGCAGCUCUCCCGGCGUACAAGCACCCGCGGGCUGGUUUGCAGGAUGUAUUAUUUCGAACAGGACGUGAGCCAGCACCAGCCUCAACGGAUAAACCAGCUGAUCAUAGGGACGGCGACCUGGGGACAAAAUCAAAGAAUCGCCGGAUCAAGAAUAUUCGUGCGCGGUUAAAAGAGCUCGACCGACUGCAUUCUAAGGAUCCGCCGGGCUACAUUAUUCCGUUUUGCGUGGAUUUUGAAGACGAGGGACUACUCCAGAUUCUUCGAGCUGUCAAUUACUACUGCGGAAUGCUUUCAUCUAAGAAGGGAGAUUGCGGUGAAAAUGGUGAUCCGAUUGCACUUAGAGCGGCUUUUAGACUUGUAGCCGACCUUCUACGAAUUCUGGCGGAGAUUGUGCAAGAGUUUGAGUUCGUUGGGGUUACGAUGAACAUUAGUUCGUGUGAUGAAGCCACCCAGGAGCUGUUCCAAGACACUGAACGUACAUUGAAGGAUAUCUCCAGACGCCUUUUUGGCGAUCAGAUGUCUGAACAAACUCCCGCGGAUGGUGCCUUGCAAUCCGAACGAUCAAGAAUUGUUAUCUCUGCACAUUUUUUGCUGGUCUGGGGGAUACGUAAGGGUAUAUUCUUCUCAAAUUGCCGAUCCGAGUUUUUUAUUUCCGCGUGCGAAGAUAUUAUCGGCUCUGGGACAUCAGAUGACAUUGGUAAAGACGGCCAUAAAGAGACCGAUUUACCCGAGUCGUUCUUUGCAAUCUUAUUGGAGUCCCAUGACUCUCUGAUACUGCAAACGAUGCGUGAUUGUGGCGUGGAUUUACUAAGGAGACUACUUUUCAGUCCGAUGGAUGAUGGGCGUAUCGCAGUUGCCGAUUUUGUGCCAACAGCAGCUGAGAAUUUUUCUCGAUUUUUGGAAGUUCUUUUUGCGUUGUCCAAGCUUGAAAGUAGAAGUGGCAUCCAGCGGGAAAAGUGGCUAAUUAAAGUCGAUGGCUUACCGUUCCAAACUCCAGUUAGCAAAGCUCUGCAUGCCGUUAUGAACUAUUGCUGUGCUCGAAUGUAUGCUGCCAACAUUGAGCUAACACCGACGUCAUCGUUCAAGGAAGUGGGACAGGAGGUGCUGGAAGCAACGACAUCGUUUGAACGUUUUGCGCGCACAUGCUUUGACUCCGCUCUGGAAAUGCUGCGUUGCUACCAAGGUGAUGCGUCAAAUGGUUGCGACCUACAAGCGUCUGUGGUAGGGACAAUCUUGCCCAUGGUAAUCGCUUUCAUCCCGAAUUUCCCCGACCAUUUCUCGGAUGAGUUCCGAGAUCGUUUGCUUUUCUUGAUGAGAGAACUUGAUACUCUGAUCUGUUCGGAUGAGAGCACUCGCGUGACCAGGCCGAGGCCGGCCCUUGACGAUGCUGCCAUCUUUGGCGGAUACCAAGUAGUGGAGACACCGCAUCCAUACAAUCACACUCAGCCCGUGUUUCGCCGGGUGGUGCACAUUCCUGGUGCCAGCGUGUUACAUUUCGAGUUCGACCCACGUUGUCGGACGUCUGGAGAAGCUGACAUCGUGUUCAUCACGUCUGGACUUGCUUGGUAUCAAGCUGAUCGCCUCCCCUACGGAGACGUUGGCUUUGGUGAAGAUGGAGGGUGCUUCUUUGGCUCAUACUCGCGGGGAAACUGGCCGGCAGGAGGACUUACCGUCGUAGGAGAUACUGCGACAGUCAUGCUAUGCGCGACAACGCAAGCUCGAAGUGGAACUGGGGACAAACAGCGAUGGGGUCUCAAGUGUACGGUGCGUGGUCUUUUUGGCAGCCCGCAGAGGUCUUGGCUGCCUGAGUUGGGGUGCUCUGUAGCAAAUGCGUGCGGUAUACUUGGAGACAAACUGUUGCGUGGUUCUCCCCCGCAAGGCGUCGAAAAAUCGUGUCAACCGUGGGUCAUGGAGAGGCAACUAUUCAACUUGCCAGUCCCUGCAUGCAAUAUCCUGAAGUCUAGAUGGAAAUUCGUUGAUGACGUUGUGAAUCGCACGGAGCGAGGAGAGAUGUUCUUUUCGACAUUGUCCGAAUUUGUGCGGCUUCGCACUUUACCGCCUCGACAUUCUACUGUUCGUUGGGAAGAAUCACUACAAGUGGCUGCUGCUGUUCUGCUGGUGCGCUCGAAUCACCAUCAGCUACAUGUCUGGCUGGAUACUGUGGAGAAUCAAGGAGUGUUGCCCAAUGUUAUCGAAAGCGCGCUUUUCCAUCGAAUUGCAGUUGAGCUGGGGAAACUGGAGCGGUGGAUGCUGCGCCAAGUCCAGCUUGUCAGUGAAUGGCACUACCUGUGCAUCGAUGAAGUUAGCUUGGAUGAAUUGAUGGAGCGAUAUGCAGAUAAUCUGGAUCGUCUUUCAGAGCUCUGCCAACUGAAGAGCGUUGUGUUCAAGAAAAGCGACAUGACAAGUUGCGUUAAGUCCAUCCAUGAGCUUCUUGUCAAGGAAAUUGCCGCGAAGCACGAGAAAGAUGACUCCCAGUCGUCAGGUUCACAUGAAGCAGUUGCCCAAGCUGUUUUAUCGAAAACUCGUUUCCUACUAGCAAGGUGGGAAAAAUGCGUGGAAUACGGCUACACCUACUUGGAAUCAGUCGCAGAGCCAAUUCACUCGGCGGUACCAGAUUGUUUGUCCGAUGUGAGUAGAUUUCUGUGCAGCACUGUACCGAUAUCUGCUUUAGAAGAAUGCUCUACAGCCCAUUCGGCUCGUCUUGAAUCGCGUUUAGCUGGUAUUGGAUACUGCGAGGAGGCGAUUACGAAUCUGAAAAACGACGACAUGGCUCAAUUCUUCGUCGGUCGCGUCCUGUACGCUGUCCCUUCAAACACGUUGAUGCAAGAUGAUGCUAUUCUCUCUGGGUGUGCAGUGGCUAGUCCUCUCCUUCUGGCCAAAACCAUGGCCUCGCUUAACUCGUAUGCAAAAUCGAUCGCCUGCAUUUCGGAGUCCAAAGACGCGCUGCCUGCAUUCCGCGCUGUGGCUCUGGCGGACAUUUGGAAUUGCGCACAUUCCGUAGACAGUAUCUCGAGCCGUGCUCUUGGCCUGGAAAGAGUCUCGAAAUUGAUCUUGGCUCUUGAUGGCGAGAUGUGGCCAUAUGCUAACGAACUAUCGGCGGAUAAGGGUGUGCUGCUUUCCGGACACCCUGAUGCACGAGAAGUGCAUCGACAAGUGUAUGAUACUGCUUGGAUCUUGUUGCGACUACUUGCUGAGGAAGUUUUGGACAAUGCCGCUGAGCAAGGUGGAUCGGAUACGUCGUGGAAAUCGCCGUUGAAAACGGUGUUUGGUGAGCUCUGUGCGUUAUACGAGCACUUUGCUGCGAAACAAGACAAGGAGGCUACGGGCGCGCCUACGUGCGUUAUCAAAUCUUCAGACGAAGCUACUUAUCGUCUCAUGUGUACCGUGGCGAACAAAGUUGCUAUUGUUCACGAGUGGCCUGAAGUUUUUUGCUGGUGGAUUCAGAACGCGAUUGACAUCGUGGCAACACAGAAUUCCCCGUUAACCUUGAGUGUGGCAAGCACAAGACUCAUUCGCUACGCUUUGGAGUUGCUGGGAGAUGCUAUGUUCGAUCUUUCUGUGGUUGUCCCACGCUCAACUGAAAACAAAAUGAUGCUCGGAAUGGAGAUUCAAGAUAUUUUACUGAAACGAGUCGGGGAGAUCGUGUCUCCACUUCCAGUAAGUGAUCACGCCUCAAAUGCAGUACCUUUUCCAAAAAACAACAAGAUAUCGGAUCAUUGUGUCAUUAUUUUCCAAAACGAGGUGGCUACUGACAAGUUGGUGGACGCAGCCAACAGUGUGGGGGAGCCAGAUGUCAGCUCGUUGGAGAUUCCAGUUGAAGGAAGUGAUGGGAAGGAUGCCGUUGAGAAAGCAAUUACGGAAGCAGUUGCUGAAUGCACGGCCGCUCAGGCCACGAUGAAGCAUUCAAGUGUGCGGUGUGACGGCUGUAAUCAGAGUCCUUUGCGUGGUUUCCGAUUCAAGUGUUUCAGUUGCCCCAACUACGAUUUGUGCACGAGCUGUUACACGAACCAGAAUCAUAAUAUGGAUCAUCCCUUCGUGCGCUUAGCCGACGCGACUGGCAGCGGAGAUUUGUUACAGCCUCGGUCGAAAGGUGGAAAUGUCGUCCCCGAGACAGCUCUUGUUGGAUCGAAGCCGUGGAAGGGAAACCUACUUCGUGUACUGCUUGACUCACAUGGAUACGUUAAUUACUGCUUUGGUACUAGACGUGAAUGUUGUGAUACUGCCAACGCGCUGGCAAAUCUAGGGUUCCUUGUGACCGUCGCGCACUCGGAUGAUAUGGCGGACGUAGACGCGUUGCACGAUUGGGAAGGAAGCAUGCAACUUUUCUUGGAGCCUGGCUCAUCUCGUCUCUCUCAUCGUCGCUCCCCCGUGUCUGGCGAGAAGAACUCUUCUAGAAGAGCUAAUCGAGAAGUUAUCAAUGCCUUUAACAGAAAGGCGGCUCUUGUCAACUCAACCACACGUCGAAGUAGUCAAAAGGUCGAGCAUGGGCGACAAUUGGCGUCCGAAGUGAUAGCUGUGCUGCGCUUAAUGAUCUCUGGGCGUUCGAACAUGCAGAAAUGGCGAAGUAGCACCUUGAGAAAGAUGACCGAGAUUCUCGAAGAUGCGCCACACCAAAUCACCGAGUCAACUGGCAUGACCUCGGCGCCGUACGAUGCGUAUUUCCUGACUCUGGGAGCCACUCAGGUGCUUGGUGGAUUCCGUGAGCCACUACGUAUCGGUGGAAAUGUUUUGCUGUCGAGUUAUGCAGCUGACAAGGCUCGUGGUGGGCACACUGGUGUGGUUUAUUCUUACGCGUUUGGUAACGACGACAUUGUGAUUGCAACUCUGGAUGGUUUUACGGAAGGAGUACGAAACGGAGAAGCUGCGAAUGAUGAUGAUUUAUGCUUCUACAAACGUACAACCUCAGAGGUGAAGGCGAUUAGCGGUAUCCCUCUUGGCAUGGAUACCGUUGAAUUGCUUGAACCACUUGUUGUUCCCUUUUGCGCUGUAGUGAGAACAAUCUACGAGUGGACAUCUGAUGGCAAAAGCGAUGACGUGGAUGAGGAUGGCACACCCACUGCAGGAUCUCUACUACUUUGGGAGUUAGCUUGUGCUCUCAUUCAGUCUUUUUCAUCGAUGGCUCCUUCAUGGCCGUCGCUGUUCGAUAACCAAGUGAUCUCAACAAACGGUAACUGCCCAGCCAUUCUUUUUCAGCUUGCGCAGAUGUGCGUGCGUGACUUGAAAGUGGAAGACAUUGCGGAUAUGCGCGAAUUAUUGUGGAAUAUGGAGUGGUUGCGCUCACGAGACUUACACCUCUCGCUAGCAACGCGGCCGAUUUCGUCAAGCUCGUUCUCUGCUAGUGACGACAAAACUUGUGUUCUUCGACCCCCAACGUCGAUGCCUGAGGAUGCACCCGCGUAUACGUCGGUCGCUAGUGACGGAUCGCAGUCGAUGCCCGAGCCAUCGGAAUAUUUCUACAGUCUGCACGCGUUUUCUUCACGCAAUGACCUGCCGCAACACUCGGGCCGAAACAAGAUGCUGGAAUACUGGGAAAAGAACGUUAUCCCGGCGAUCGAGACGUAUGUAUCGGGUUCUUUCAAGAGUUACGAAAUGGACUACUUCUUCGCCCAGUUACGCGAGCCAUUGCGAGAGGGGAAUGCUGCGGCGGCGUUAAAAAUCGCAUUCACAUUGUGUGACGGCCAUGUGCCGUCAGGCUGUCACUACCCGGACCCAGAUACUGAUUGGUCUGCUCUGCAAAUCGACGACCUGGAAGUUGGCGGUCGCUAUGUGAUUGCUUCUGAGAACGUGGAUGUUGCAGAUUGGUCGCGAGAUAUGUUGUGGACUUUAGGCCACACUGGAACUGUUCGAGUGAUUGAUCCAUCAGGUAUGGUGUUACUUCAAGUGGUGAAUCCUGUGACGUCUGCCAGUGAGUACUGGUGGUACCAUGUGGACAACUUGCGUGCAAUGUCGUCGGUCGUUUCGGUCUCUGAACAAUCAGUUACGGACUUCGAGGCGAGCAGGACUCGGCUGAAGAUGAUGAAUCAACAACUCAUCUACAGCAUAGCCCGGAAGAGCGUAUUUGACCUAUUGCAAGCUGCCCCAGAGCAUGCUAUGAAGAUAUCGAUCGAGACCAGGAAAACAAGCUUAGCAAGAACGAGCUCGUCCCCUCUUCCGUUGCCAACCUCGUCGUCAAUCGGCCAUGCGCCAAUGCCUACGACUCAGUUGACCGCUCCACUGCCCAAGAACCCAGGAAAUCGCUACGAUCUAGCUGAUCUGCUCCGACUGGCUGCUGCAGCUGAUCUCGGAUGCCCGGAGAAGGUGCUGUCUUCUGAGAUUGGAAUGCUUUCCGAUUCAACGCCUGGAGCUCUCACUGAAAACAGCAGCAGUCUUUAUUUGCGGCCUAAGGUCUCUCCGAAGUCUGCGUUGAUCACGGUAUUGCAGACAGUACUGAACAAACAGUUUGAGCGUGCUGCUUCUAGCCCUCCUCCUCCUGUCAUGGACAGAUCCACAUCGUAUGACGAGAAUGCUAGCGUAACGGUGACAAUGCCGGCGAAGAAGCACAAGAAGCGUGGGAAACAAGGUGCACUUGCUGGUAAGUUAGCUGCAGUUGGGGCUUCCGCUGCUGCUACUUCGGCUUCGUCGAGCUCAGCGCCAUCAUCAAGUGGAUCUAGUACCUCUCUAAAAUCUACUCAACCCAAGUUGCAGCAACCUGAUGUGACACCAGCGCUGUCUACGCGGAAGCAUCGCUACUUGCUGAUGGAGGCGCUACUGUCUGAGCUGAAAGCUGGUCUCGACUUGUCCAGUGCCUUCUUGCGAAGCAGAUCGUUCAUGGUGACCAGCGACAGUCCCCCUCAACCAUUGGUAUUGAUUCAUGUUCCGGACGCAACCUGUUUGGUGCUAUCUUUCGCCGUACACCCCGUACUUAUGGACUUACCAGCCGGAAGCAGCCUAGAGUUUUUCCGCGACGAACGCUGCACAGAUCGAUUGUUUGGAUACUUUGGAGACAAACGUGGACUUAGCUAUCUCCCACCCCUCGUGGUUCCUGGCGACAAAUGCUACGUGCGAAUGUCCCAAGGCACCUACGCUCGAUACAAGUUUCGUGUGGAUCCUUUCACUUCUGAUUUUGGAUUGGCGCUGUGGUUGUGUGAAGAAAUUUACCAGAAGCUGUUGGCUAUUCAGCUUUCCCAUUACGAGGUGGAGACUGUACUUACUACUGCGUUGAAUGCUCUGGUGGAGUAUCUGAUUGCGACUACGGCCUGUUUACCAGCUAAUGCGAAGACUGCUGUGUACCAGAUCACGGCAAAAUUGAUCAACUUCGCAUUGAGUAAGGGAGCUAUGCACGCUGUUCCAAUCGCAAAGCUCUCCGGACUGGUGAAAGAGUUAACCUUUGUGCACGACAACGAACGCACCACGCAAAAAGGUCUCUUCUCUUUGUACACCCAGCAGUUGGCUGAGCUCAUUUCUCUGGUUGAAGAGGUAUCUUCGCUGAAGGGUGGAUCAUCAUCAAUACUUGGCGGUGCUUGGUGGAAAGAGUUUGUGCGGAUGGCUGUGUUUACCAGAGUUUUGGCCCAGGGAAAGCGUGAAAUUGCAACUCCUGACGCAUUUAAACGAGUUUACUGUGGUCGAGCUCCUAUUCGGGAGAUUCAGACAGCGCAGACUGCUCUGGCUACUCAUGAUUUAUUUGGCGAAAGGAUCCUCUUCUUGCAGAAUUUACCAUGCACGUCGAAUGUUGCGGAGCUACGGGCGAGUCUUUCGCGUUUUAUCGUGCAUCUAGCUCUGGAAGAAUGUGGAGAAGCGGACGACCAGAACGUGUACUCUGCCGCUGCCGUCACUCGAUUCGGUAUUGUUGCCGAUAUCCUCUUCAUGCCGGUUGAUUCUGAAGGCCAAACAAUGGGCUACGCCAUGAUAGACAUUGGUCGAGCUGACGUUAUUUCGAACUUGCUGACUCGAAUCUCCAAGGAAACAUUCGAAUUUGAUGGCGGAACUCCUACGGAGGAAGAUCAUGAGUUGCUCGCUAGAAUCGAAGCAGUGUGUCGCCCUCCAGACAGCUCUAGUGGUAAAUCAAACGAUGGAAAUGACAGCUGCUCUGAUGGCGCUGACCCAAGCGGUGAUGUUUGGGCAUGCAGUGUGUGCACGCUGGAAAACUCUCUAGCUGAUGCGGAAUGUGCUGCAUGUGGCUCUCCCAUUCCUCCUGAAAUGGCGAACUUGGCUCGAGAUGUUCAAGCUCAGUCACAGUCGUCGAGAUCCGAACAGCCGGUGAAUGGAUCGGAGAGUGCUGCUUCAAGUGGUUGGGCAUGCACUACUUGCACGUUCGUUAACAGUUGGGCAGAUACGACCUGUGACGCGUGCACAAUGGAACGUAGUGCAGAUUUGGUGCCUCCCUCAUCUGCUGUUAGUGGAGAAAGCAACCAGAAUGAAAUCGAUCCAGUGUCAAGUGAUGUGGACACUUCAACUUCGCGAUACAAGUUGAGCGCUGCUCGAUUUGUUGAAAUUAUACGCGUAGCAGAUGACACCAGUGACGUGCCGAAGCAGGUGACUAAUUUCCUACACCACCAGUUUUUCGAGACGUCCUCAACUACCGAAGCCGUGGUCACUAUGGCUCCAGAACUCCGUCGUGUACUUAAUCAUGAAGCUUCUCAGUACUUCUCGACAUCCGAUAGCAAGGCGGCAAUAGAGGCAUUCGCUGCGUUAGCUAGUGUGACGAAGAACCAUGCGUGGGAUAGUCUAUCCAGUGAGGAGCGCUUGAACAAAUUAACGUCGGUGAAAGCUUUGUCAGAGAUUGAACGGAAGACUCUGGGAGUGUACAAGUGUCUGCGCUCAUCGGGUUAUGAUUUGCAAUUCGAACUGAGUCACUAUGGAUCCAUGGACGACGCGAUGAAAGCUCAAGCGAAGUGGACACACCAGAUGGACUGUCAACUAAUUGCAGUGUGUCGGGAACUCAGCGGAAAGAUGGGUGUGCUCAUGUUGACGGAUCUGUGCCCAAGCCAUUUGAAUGCAAGCCACGCGCGCGAAUACUUGCAGAUAGCUUCACUCGAGACACGCGACUUGCGACUCCGGUUUGCGGUGUUGCAAUCGCUCAACAAGUUGUUGGUAGGAGCGUUACCCCUUGUGAACCUCCGCCCAUGGAGUGAUCCAAGCUCAUUACGCAGCCGUAUCGUCUCGAUUCGCCAGUUGAUUUUUCCUGGAGUCAAGAUUCGAUUCUUCGCUCACACACAAGAUAAUACCACUCUGGCGCACUCUGUGUUCGUCGAUACGAAUGCCAAACGGCCAAUGGUGACGAUCGACCGAAGGAAGAUCGCUGGCAAGCGUGGAGGCAUUUGUUCUAGCACCACGGAGGCCUCGACGUCAUUGGUGGCUUUACGCGAUCCCAGAAGAUCACUGUUUGCAUCGACGAUGAAACAGUUGAGCGCUAUCUCGCCGUCUCUGCUGCGUGCAAAGCGACCUACGGGUGCUAGCGAUCCGUUUGUGUCGUUUAUUGUCAUCUUUGCCGGCGAAAACGUGGUGGGCGAGGGAGGCCCGUACCGCCAGUUAUUCAACGACAUAUCGAACGAGUUACUCGCCAGUGGUAACCCACUAUUCAUCCCGUCGCAAAAUAAUGUCAUGAAGGCAGGAGAAUUCCGUGAGCGCUACAUGCCCAAGCCGAGCAGCACGUCCAAAGAACUGUUGCAAAUGUUCGAGUUCGUUGGCAUUUUGAUGGGCUGCUGCCUGCGCACAGGGGUUCGACUCAAUCUCCGUCUGGCACCUUUGGUAUGGAAAAUGCUCGUCAAGCAAAAUCUCGUCCUCACGGAUCUUGAAAGUGUAGACCAUUCAUUGUGUGAGAGUUUGAAGUUCCUUGAGGAACUGGCAUCCGCUCCAAGCGACGACCCCAACGAGGUACUCUACGAUUCGUUCACCACGACUCUCAGCGAUGGAACUAUCGUGGAGCUUAAGGAUGGAGGACAACAGCUUCCGGUUACCAAGGCAAACGCGAAGGAGUAUAUUCGACUGGUCAAAGCUACUCGACUGCAGGAGUGCAAGCCUCAAGUGGACGCGAUGCUACGUGGUCUCGGUAAGAUCGUGCCAGUCCAGUUGCUGCAAUUAUGCGUGUGGUCUGAGCUACAGCAAUGGGUGAGCGGCAGUCUAGAAAUUGAUAUCAAUCUGCUAAAGCGCCACACUCGCUACUCUUCGGGCAUGAGCCCCGAGCAAUUCCCGCACUUGGAGAUGUUUUGGAAAGUGCUAUCGAGUUUCAGCGAGGAGAACAAGCGACGGUUUAUCAACUUUGCCUGGGGUCAAGACACGCUGCCCGCUGACGAUGCCGAGUUUGAUCGUACGCACACACGUUUGCUCAUCAAGGCGCCUUCUCAAGAUUGCGGAGUGGAUCAAGACGCGAUGCUGCCCAAGGCAGACACAUGCUUUUUCAAUAUCGAGUUACCAGUGUAUUCAAACGAAGAGAUCAUGCGCGAAAAGCUAUUGCUGGCUAUUACGCUGUGCACUAGUCUGGACGGCGACGAGCAGACUGCCGGCCACGAUAUUUAUUACGCUGGCGACGAGAUCGAUGAUGAUGUCAUGGAGUAGCGGUUGUGUGAUACAUGUUGCAUGUUGCAUUUUUUCGAAGUAAAAUACUGACAAGGAUUGGCACGAAGGUUUUAUUUGUUGUGCAACGACGUUGUCUUUGGUUUAGAACGUGACUUGUAGCUCUGGAUAUCGCUCCUUGACAGAUGCAGCCGCUUCCUUUGUGA